AUGUUUCCUUCAGUUGAUGGCCGCCUUGCCAUCCUCGCCAUCUUACCUGCUUCCUUUAUUGUCAUUACAUCGCUCAAGCGGUUCAUUAGGAACAGGCAGAAAAAACUUCCCCCUGGCCCGGUGCCACUCCCACUGCUAGGAAAUGUCUUCUCUGUUAACACCAAAGAGCCUUGGUUGACUUAUACCGAAUGGGCUGCUGUUUAUGGAGACUUGUUUUUCGUGCGACUUCUAGGCCAGGAGAUCGUGGUGAUCAAUUCUCAACACGUCGCGGAAACCUUGCUGCACAAGCGUUCUCGCAUUUACUCUGAUAGACCAUACAUAGCCACACUUGAGCCGUUUGGUUGGUCGGACGUAUUUGUAUUCACAGGCUAUGGUGACGAAUGGCGUCUUUGCCGACGACUCCUCCAUCAAACUUAUCGUCCUGACUCUGCGCUCAAGUUUCGUCCAAUGCAGAUCAAGCAGGCUCGUGAGAUGAUCGUCAACCUCAUUGAUGAUCCUCAGAAUUAUCAUUCUCACUUUGCAACAUUCUCGUCAUCAGUUGCGAUGUCAGCGACCUACGGCUAUCAAACCAUUUCUCGUGAUGAUCCACUGGUUCGACUCGUAGAAAAUGCAGUGGCUAUUGGCUUUCAGGUGAAUAACCCAGAGAAUGCAAUCUUGCUCAAAACCUUCCCCUUCUUACUGAAGUUACCUGACUGGUGCUGGGGAUCCUCAAUCAAACGCGACGCUCGAACUUCAACCAAUCGCAUGAGAGAAAUGGCCGACGUGCCGUUCCAAUAUGCGCAGGACCAUAUGGCCGAAAACUCGGCCCUUGGUCAGUUGUCGAUGGUGGCGGAAAAUCUUCAACGGAUCGAGCAGCAAGAUCAGACUUCCAGAUCAUUGUUUGAGGGCGCUUUAAAGAAAGCAGCUACUACUGCUAUUGUUGGUUCAUACGAGACGACUACUUCAGUCUUGAUGGUUUUUGCUCUCGCCAUGGUGUCUUACCCAGGUGUUCAAAAGCGUGCACAAGCGGAAAUCGACUCAGUGGUUGGCCGGAAUCGCUUGCCUGCCUUUGAAGACAGAGCGUCACUACCAUACGUUGAAUCAGUUCUGCGGGAGACUUUGCGAUGGCAGCCUGUCGGACCCAUUGGAGCGGCUGUCCUAUUAAACAUAUGGGGUAUCUCACAGGAUGAAAAGCGGUACCCUAAUGCAUCUGUGUUUAUGCCAGAGAGGUUCAUGGACGCCAAUGGUGCGCUGACGGACGAUGACCCGGCUGAAUAUAUCUUUGGCUUGGGUCGACGUAGAUGUCCAGGCCAACAUGCUGCUGAUGCCUCUCUGUGGUCCGCUAUUGUUACUAUGCUGGCCACGGUGGAAUUUUCUUUUGCCAAAGAUGAUCAGGGCAAAAUGAUCGAAUUCACCCCCAAAUUCACGACGGGACUGACUCACUCCCCUAUGGUCUUUCCCUGCAGUAUUUUACCACGUUCUCAUGUUCAUUUAGGACUUAUGGAUGCUUUACGAAUGGAAGAGUAA